CUUGUAAGAACUUUAGACUUGCGCCUUCGCCAGGUGACGGAGCAGCUUGCAAGCAAAAGUCGACGUAUUUAGCGAUGCGCACGAUCUUGGAUCUUCCGUGGGAUUUGUUCGAGGACAUCUUCAAGCAUCUUAACAAAGAGGCGUUUCCGCUCAACCGAUCCGAUAGGGUUCCCGGCACAAGGGACGAUAACAGGAAGGUUGAGACUGGUCUGUCGUCAAUGGGCAGAUUGGUUGUAUGUCAACUACCUCUACCGUGCGAUGACCUUCCGAGAUGCUUCUCAAGCAAUGCGUUUCAUCGACCAAACCACCAAGGACCCAACACAGCUCCCAAACCCAAGAUGCCAAGAGCUUCAGAUAUUCGGUAUUUUGACUUGGGGAUCUCCACCAUCCAACCGGGGAUCAGCAAGAGUGGAAGCAUAGGGCACAUGAAAAAUUUGCGCGACCUGAAACUAGGUCACGAGCUGAAAGCAUUUAUUCCAACUCCACAACUGCAUUUUCCUAUGCACCACGAUGAUGACGAUGAUGAGUUUGAAGCGGAUAUGCGCCAGCAGAAUAUUGGAGAAAUGGCCCUUGCCCACAUGGUCGCCUACGACGCUUAUGAGGAUGAACCUCCAAGCGAUAUGGAUCCCAUCAAGUCGAAAAUCGAUCAUGAUUCUUUGAGGUCGUUGAUUAUGGCCACUCGGACUCUGGAGUCACUCGAUCUACUUGAAUUGGAUCCUAUCUGCCUCCCAAGGCCGUUCAACUCCGCCUUCCUUGAACAUCAAAUCCCGUCGACAAUUACUCGCCUGGAAAUCAGCAUGGCGGGGGAGAGCUUGUCCAGACUUAGAGAUCUCUCUUUGAUUCUCAAACGAACCCUGAAAGUGCUUUCACUUCAAAAUAGCUGGGGAGGUGACUAUCGCGAGAAGCUCGUACCAAUUUUUGAAAACCUCAGAGAAACAUUGGAAGGGCUCUUUGUAACCGAUCUAAACGACCUGACACCAACCCUUCAACUAGAGUUCCCAAGAUUGCGUGUCUUCAGAGCGAUCUUCUGGGAUGGUCGUAUUGGCCAUUAUUUGAAUCAGCCUAUGUUUUCAUCCGCCCCUCUCGACGUGCUUGUGAUUACCUCCAGGUUACUAGACAGACCACAGACGGUAGAAUUUGGGGCUCAUCCUUUUCCGAACCUGUCCAUGUUAAGGCGACUAGUACUGUGUGAAUGUCAUCCCGAUUUUGCGCUGCCACCAGAAUACCUAGAGGCGUGUGUAGCCGGAAAUGUUCAACCUGUUUAUCUAAGCCCCUGGGAUAAUGAUGAUGUGUCCUCAAUUAUGAGCUUAUGAACCGCCGGUUUUCCAUUGUAUUUGAUAAUGGAGUUUAUUUUGUUGAAUUUCUACCCAUUUGUCUUCCCAAAAGAUUAAAAUCCAUUGAUAUCAAUCAAUUACUAAGGCCUUUAAAAGUUCUUGAGUCUGUGUGUUACUUAGAACAAGCCUGCUCAGCCUUUUCCCACCAAAUCAUUUGAGCCCCUAGCUAAAACAAAUUCAUCUAUUUAUUUAUUUAUGUACCUUGAAUCGACCUGCGGCCCUUGUAAAACAAUGUUAUCCAC